AUGUCCACGACAUCCUCCACCGCCCAACCCAUCUUCAACGCCCAAGAGCGCGUGCUGUGCUACCACGGCCCGCUCAUCUACGAAGCCAAAGUCCUCAAAACGAAAACUUUCGACGCGGCCUCGCCUAGUCCUACCACGGGCGUUGCGGGCCCGCAUUAUUUGGUACAUUAUAAAGGGUGGAAGCAGACCUGGGAUGAAUGGGUACCCUCCACCCGCCUCCUCAAGCUCACCGAAGCGAACCUCGCAACGCAGAAGAGCCUGCAGCAGGCGAACCCGGGCAACAUCCACGGCGGCUCGACGGCCUCCAAGGCGCAGAACAAGUCGGCGGCUGGUGGUGGUGCUGGGAGUAAGGAUAAUGUCAGUACGAGGGCAGUGACGAGGAAGGAUGGGACGCGCGGGACGAAGAGGGCGCGGGAGGAGGAUGACAGCAACAAAAAAAUCGACAUGAAACUCAACGUGCCAGAAGCUCUCAAAUCCGUACUAGUAGACGACUGGGAAGCAGUGACAAAAAACAACCAGCUGGUGACACUACCUCGCGAGCCGAAUGUCGUACAGGUUCUCGCUGACUUUGCGGAGUAUGUGAAGACGACGAAGCCGCCUCAUCUAAAAGAACCAACGCUCGUAAUCCAAACCGUAAUCGAAGGCCUCCAAAUCUACUUUGACAAAGCGCUCGGAAGCACGCUUCUCUACCGCUUCGAGCGGGUCCAGUACGCGAAUGUCCGGAGGGAGUAUUGGACGGGUCCGAAGGUUAUUGUGGGGCAGGAGAAGGAGAUGAGUUGCAUUUAUGGCGCGGAGCAUUUGUUGAGGAUGUUGGUGAGCCUGCCACAAAUGAUAGCAGCUACGUCACUCGACUCGGAGUCUGUCAUUCUCAUCCGCGAUUAUGCGAAUGAAUUGAUGGCAUACAUGGUGCGCGAGAAGGAUAGACUGUUUUUGAAGCAGUAUCAGAAUGCUGCGCUGGAUUAUCAGAAUCUAUCUAGAGCAUGA